CCGGCGCAGACUCCUUUUGAUGCUGCAUCGGAACGCGUUCUCCCCGUCCGUGCCGUGCCGUGGUGGUCGACGACGGUGUUGUUCGAGUGCGAAACAGAUUACGUUUUUUUCGCGAUUCGUCAGUGGUCGGAGCGUCUCAGGUCGGAGCUAGCGUAGUGAAUGAAACGAACGACGUCGUCGGAGUCGGAUCGGAGAACCAGAACGUAUUCUGCGAUCGAACGUGUCGGACGUGUUGGAUUCUGUGUUCGUUGUCGCGUGGUGUGUGAAAAGAAGUUCUUGCUUACCCAGUUCUUCACUGUUACAAGGUGCAGUUUACAAUAGGUGGUGCCUUUCCCCGAAAAGGAAUUCCCGUUUUAUUCCAAUCACGGGUGGAUAUCCGGAUAUAGGAUAGGCCAGAGGGCGAGAUAUCAGUGGUUUUUGGAAAUCAGAAAUUGUAAAUGUGAAUACCUAGUUGGAAAAAGAGGGAACAUUCCGGUGAACACACAUAUUCGUAGUGCAGCAAGUUAAUGAAACAUCCAUCGAAAGUGGCGUGCUCGAGUGACUCCUCAAAAACAGCGGCGGAAGUGGUGGCGACGGCGGCGGCAACCAUUCCAGGAUGGUUGAUAAACCAAAAAUUGACCUCGGCUCGGAGGAGAUAGUCAACCCGUCGCCCACCAUCAGCAAGGGGACCGACUGCAGCAGUCCGCCGCACGUGGUCUACCUGACGGAAACGUUCUACAUCAGUUCCAAGAAGAAUACCGUGUUCGAGGUACGCCUAACCGACAAAGGCCUUAGCCUCAAAAAGCAAACCAACGGAUCGACCAAGGAACAAACCAUCCCGCUCAAGGACAUCAUCGGCUGCCGCUGCCUACGGAGCAAACGAAAAGGAAAGGGAAGUUCGGCCUGUGCCUGCACUUCCAUCUCGGGGACCGCUCAGCUCAAGGUAGUCGAAGAAAACUCCGGCCAAGAGGAUGAAUCCGACGUCAGUGCGUAUCUCUACAUCUACGCCUACAUCCUGAAACGGAACCGGCGCGGUGGAUUUCGCGAACGAACGACCAUCACCCUACGGUUUCGGUCCUUCGACAAGUACGAGGACAACAACAAGGAAGCGCAGAAAUGGCGAGCCGCGAUCAAGUAUCUGGUCGCGGGGGAAACCUCCAUCAAGCCCACAUAUCAUCCGAAGGAAACGCGCAAAAUGCUGGUGGUCCUCAAUCCAAAGUCCGGUUCCGGCAAGGCACGGGAAAUGUUCCAACAGAGGGUGGCGCCCGUUCUGGCGGAAGCGGAAAUCUCCUACGAUCUGCACAUAACGAAAAAACCCGACUGGGCCAGGGAGUUUGUCCGCAACCGGGACAUCUACCUCUGGCGCGGGAUAGUGGUGGUGGGGGGAGACGGCAUCUUCUACGAGGUGCUCAAUGGGCUGUUCGAGCGAGAAGACUGGCAGACGGCGAUCGACGAAUUGGCGAUCGGAAUCAUCCCGUGCGGUUCCGGCAAUGGGCUGGCCAAAACCAUUGCGCAUUUGUAUGACGAACCCUUCGAGACGAAACCGAUCCUGGCAUCAGCUUUAACCAUGGUCAAAGGCAAACAUUCCAUGUUAGAUAUAGUUAGAGUGGAGACACGGUCUCAAAUAAUGUUCUCCUUCCUGUCGGUGGGCUGGGGUCUAAUCUCGGACAUCGACAUCGAGAGCGAACGACUGCGGGCCAUCGGUGGCCAACGGUUUACACUUUGGUCCGUCCAUCGGCUAAUCAGCCUCCGUACCUAUCAGGGCAAGGUAUCGUACGUUCCGGCACUGGUUAGUAAUAUAAACCGAUCCAACUCGCUUCCCCACGAGGGCGGAGGAGGCGUAGGAUUACUGAAGCACAGCAUAAGCUACAACACUACCCUGGAUUGUCACGACUGUCGGAGUGGGGGUGGCGGUGGAGCCAACGAUAGCCAUAGCAACUGUGAUGCCUGCGAUACGAAUUUCAGCGACGUGCUAUCGUUGGAAACGGGUAGCAAUCUGGACACGUUCCGGCCUAGGAUAGACAGUUGGUAUUCGGCCACGUCACGGAAGAGUACGUACUUUUCCACGGUGGACAGUAUCUAUGAGAGUGAUCGUGCUUCCAACGAGGGUGCUCCGACCGGGGUCAACAUGGUUCAGAUGUAUGGGCCACCUUCCAGGCUUCCGGCGCUGACGGCGUCCGUCUCGGACAGUUGGAAGACCAUCGAUGGAGAGUUCGUGAUGGUGCAUGCAGCCUACCAGACGCAUCUCAGUACCGAUUGCUACUUCGCUCCGCUGUCCAAAUUGAACGACGGUAUCAUAUGGCUGUUGAUUAUCAGGGCUGGGGUAAGUCGGUCUCAGCUGCUGUCGUUCAUGCUGGGGUUGAGUAGUGGAUCGCACAUUCCAACGCAGGCCAACGAGUACAUCCAAAUGGUUCCGGUGACGGCAUUCCGGAUCGAGCCCAGUGGGUCCACGCCGGGUCACAUGACAGUGGACGGCGAGAACGUGGAGUAUGGGCCCAUACAGGCGGAGAUCUUUCCUAGUUUAGCCAAAGUUAUGGUAUCGAAAUGAGCGCAAGAGGUCAGUUUUUCAUGGGAUGAGUGUGUAACUUCGUAUAGAUCUUUGUACGAAGACGUUGCAUGUGAAGUUGCGCAAACAAUGUUAUUUUCUCUGAUAUUGUUACCAUUUAGUAAGGCUGGGCAGAUAUAUGAUUGUGAUGCAAAUAAUGAAGGGUCAAUGGACUGCUUCACUGUUGAAUAGGAUAAUUUAGGAGUUGAUUGUUUUGUCCGAUUUAGCGCGGUAAUAAUGAGUAUUGUCUUUCUUGCAAGAAACUUUCUUACUUAUUUGUCUUCGUUUGUGCUAUAAAUGUGGAAUACCUUAUUUGGCGGAGAUUCCUCAUGGAGUAUCUCCAGAGCUUCUUUCUAAUUCCAGGGAUUCUUCAGGGAUGCUGUCUAAAGUUUCUCUUGGAAUUCCAGCUUUUAGCAUAGUCCUACCAGUUAUUUCUGCUAAAGCUUCUCCGGAAAUUCGUUCUUAAGCUUCUUCAGUAGUUCUUCUUUGAGCUUUUCCAAGGAUUCCUUUCUCUAGCGAUUCCUUUUGAUUUUUCUUUAAUAGUGCUUCUUUAAGUUUUUUUACAGGGAUCCCUGCAGAUGUUGCUCCGGGGAUUAUUGCUUGAGUUUCUCCAGAGAUUAGCUGCCAGAAUUUUCGCUGCAUUUUCUCCGGAGAUUCUUUCUGGGGCUUGUAUAGGGAUUAUAUUUAAGGCGAUUCUUUAAGAAUUUUCUCCUGGGAUUGCUUCUGGAAUUUCUGUAGGAGUUCUUUCGGAAAAUUUUCCAGGGGUGCUUUUGGCGUUUCUACAGGAAUUACUCAUGAAAUUUUUGCAGAGGUUCCAAAGAAAAUUUUCCUCCAAGCAUUCCUUCUGAAGCUUUUCUAGGGUUUCUAUCUAAUGUUUCUUCAUAGUUUCAUGCAGCAAUUCACCAAGGGGUUCUUUCUUCUGUGUGAAUACAUCUGAUUUUUUUUUUCUAGGAAUUUCCUCUGAUGUUUCUCUAUGGAUUCUUGCUUGAGUUAAUCCAAGGAUUCCUCCUGAUGUGCGCAUCCAGGGAUUCCUUCUGGAGUUUUUCAAAGUUUCAUCUGGAUUUUGUUCAGGAGUUACUGCUUGUGUUUCUACAAGGUAACCUUCUGGACUUGUUCCAGAGAUUCAUUCUGAAAUUUACCAAUAAGUGUCUCUUUUAGUGUCUCCAGGCAAUUCCUCCAGUUUCUCAAGAUAUUUCUCGUGUAUUUCUUUCAGGAGAUCCUCAACCUUCUAAGGAAUUUCUUCCGCAAUUUUUCCUGUGGUUGCUCCUGGGGUUCCUCAUGAUAUCUAUUUUGAAUUUUUUUCCAGGAAUUUCUUCAGAGACCAAGAAUUACUCAAAUUUAAGUUAUUCCGAGAGAUGACGCAGAAUAUAAUGCUAAAGUGCUAAAUUUAUUCUUUGAGAAUGUUAUGAGUGUCAGACUGAACAUUUUUUCAAUAUUUUUUGAGCAAAGUUUUCAUGAAUUUCUCCAUAAGGCCUACGAUGGAUCCCAUCCCGGUCAACCAGUGAGAGAUUUUCGAUAUCGAUUUGUUUUGAAACGAUGGCAAUGACUAUCGACAGAUAAAGAACUAUUAAGAAAAUCAGAAUCUGGUUGAUAGGGAUCAGCCCAGAGUUUAUUGAGCUCUGAAAACGUCUUGGAGGUCACUCUGAACCAAAAAAUAUUUUUGUUCGGUAUUACAAUGAACUUUUAAUUUUCUAUUUGGCUUAACAAUACUCGUAGAGUUUUAUGUAGUUUCAAUUCAACUCUGCACUAGCGUUCCAUUAUUUCUUCAGUUAUUUCAGCUUUAUGUGACGACUUAUUGCUGAUUCAUUUUCACGUUUGUCAGAUAAAGGUUACUUUUUUAUCUGAAAUAUGUCAAGUUGGCAAAUCAAAUAAAACAGCUCUCAAAUUGGUCAGAUAAUUAGAAGUGCAUAGAGACAAGUUUGCAUCCUGAAAGCUGUGCUUUAAUGCUUUAAUGCGCUAAUGAUUUGUCUCCUCGAACCUAAAGCGAAAAUGCAAGUCUUUUCUUUGACCUAUUAGUGAAUGUUUUGUAAAUUUACAAUUAUUCCUGAUUCCGCUACAGAAAAGCAAUUGCAGUGCUAAAGGAAGUCCAUUAAUAUGUAUUUAAAAAUAUAAUGGGUAAUAACACCAAACAUUCCUUACAUCAGAUAUCAUUGGUAACUUGGAGCAAUUAAAUACCAUAAACAUUUGUUAGGCCCUAAUCUAAGGCAACGUAAUCCUAAUCAACCAAACUCAUCGAAUCAUGAAACAAAUAUGAACAUUAUCAUUAAAUCUGAUAAACAAAACAUAAAAACAAAAUCUUAAAGCUUUAAGAUUUAUCUUAAACACUGAAACAUACUUAAACAAAGGAGAAUAAAACAAAGGUUGUAGAUUUUAGCCAAAUAAGCAUCGGAUGUAGAAACAUAAAUUACUCCCCAUCCAUUUCAACCGAAAAAGAACAAAAACAUAAAACAUAAGUAUUAUGAUUAGCCAACUAGAAGCAAAGCUAAAUGCAACACUUAGUUUUAUCCCAUUUGUUAAAUUUCUCUUUCGAUUUUCGACUGUUAUCUAGUCUGUAAUUUAGUGCGCUCGCAAGCGUUUUCUAGCAAAUUGUUAACAACAGGUCAUCAUUAUUGAUUGCUCCACUGAAGUUGUACCAAAAGUAGAGGUAGGUCAACGAUUGGUAUAGUUGAGGCAGGCUCAAACCGAACCGGACAGUGUUUUGCAUAGUUGUUUCCUUGGCAAAUUUGAGCAGUUCAGUUUUUUGGGACGAUUUUUGUGAAGCUUUAUCCAGGAUGGUAUUCCUGGUAUUUUGAGGAUGUACCAAUGCAAUACGGAUCUAUAUUGGUUAUACAUACGCAAUAUUUGUUACUGUAAUUAGUGGGGCAGGGCACAACACAUUGAUGUAGUUGUAAAUCAUACCAUGAAGGUUAAAACAUUUUUAGACUAAAAACAAAAUAAUGUUACAAACAAAUACAUUUUCAUCACAUUUAA